GUUAUUCUGAAGUAAACAUGGCAGAUGUUAGCUUGGCAGAUAUCGGGUGGAAACUAUUGGAGCUCAAAGCCAGAUCUAAACGCUCAGUGUAAUUUAGCUGAAAGACGAUUGGCCUAAAGUUCACCUUUUGAGCAUGGCCUACUCAACAAAUGAGAUUUCCACCGGCAUUCAGAAACUUCGCAGACAUGGCUCCAUUUAUGAACCUCUUAAACUCUCUCACCUUCAUCGGGAGGAUGAGCCUUUGUGGGAAAAGCUAGACCGCUAUUACACUUCAGUGAAGGUAACCAUUCUGAACAACCAGAGCCCCACCACUGGUCUUUUUCCUGUGAAGACCUGCUCAUCAUGCAAGGAGGCCAAAGUGAGGGACUCCCUCUACUGCGCAGCCAGCAUCUGGGCUCUGGCCAUGGCGUACAGGCGAAUGGAUGACGACAUGGGACGCACCCAUGAGCUGGAACAUUCCGCCAUCAAGUGUAUGAGGGGCAUCCUGUACUGCUACAUGCGCCAGGCGGACAGGGUAGAAAAGUUCAAACAGGACCCGAGCCCCUCCAAGUGUCUCCACUCGGUAUUCAACCUGCACACGGGAGACGAGGUGUACUCCAACGAGGAUUACAACCAUCUGCAGAUUGAUGCCGUGUGUCUCUUCCUGCUGUAUCUGGUGGAGAUGAUUUGCUCCGGCCUCCAGAUCAUCUACAACACAGAUGAGGUGGCUUUCAUCCAGAAUGUUGUGUUCUGUGUGGAGAGGGCGUACCGGGUGCCCGACUUCGGCAUGUGGGAGAGAGGAAGCAAGUACAACAAUGGAAGCACUGAACUACACUCCAGCUCUGUUGGAAUGGCCAAAGCAGCCCUGGAGGCCAUCAAUGGAUUCAACCUGUUUGGAAAUCAGGGCUGCUCGUGGUCGGUCAUCUUUGUGGAUCUAGAUGCUCACAAUCGGAACAGACAGACCCUGUGUUCACUUCUGCCCAGAGAGUCCAGAUCUCAUAACACUGAUGCCUCCCUCCUGCCCUGCAUCAGCUACCCGGCUUUCGCCGUGGACGACGAUGCCCUCUACUCCCAGACACUGGACAAGAUUGUGCGCAAGCUCAAGGGCAAGUACGGCUUCAAGCGCUUCCUCCGCGAUGGCUACCGUACGGCCAAUGAGGACAAGAAGCGGCGCUACUACAAACCGGCAGAGAUAAAGGACUUUGAUGGCAUCGAGUGCGAGUUCCCAAUUUUUUUCAUCUACAUGAUGAUUGAUGGUGUGUUCCGUGGAAAUUCUUCCCAAGUCAAGGAAUACCAGGAACUUUUGGAGGUAGUCAUGUUCCAGAAUUUUGAUGGUAACGCCAUCGUCCCCAAGUACUACCACGUGCCAGCAGACUUUGUGGAGGCCGAACAAAAGAAGCACGGCAGCCAGAAGCGUUUCCCCAGCUGCACAGGCAAAGACGGCUUGCUCUUCCUCUGGGGCCAAGCCAUGUACAACAUCGCCAAACUACUGGUGGAUGGCCUGAUUAGCCCUAAAGACAUCGACCCCAUCCACCGCUACGUGCCGCGGCAGGACCAGAGGAACGUCAGCAUGAGAUACUCCAACCAGGGCCCUAUUGAGAAUGAUGUGGUCAUACAUGUUUCCCUGAUUGCUGAAAGUCAAAGACUCCAGGUGUUCCUGAACACCUACGGCAUCCAGACACAGACCCCACAACAGGUGGAGCCCAUCCAGAUCUGGCCCCAAAGAGAGCUGGUCAAGGCUUACCGCUUCUUGGCCAUCAACAACAAGCUUGGUUUGAGUGGCCGCCCUGAGAGACCGGUGGGCUGCCUUGGUACCUGCAAGACAUAUCGCAUCCUGGGAAAGACUGUGGUGUGCUACCCCAUCGUCUUUGAUCUAAGCGAUUUCUACCUGUCCCAAGACGUCAUGUUACUGAUCGAUGACAUCAAGAACACACUGCAGUUCAUCAAGCAGUGCUGGAAGAUGCAGGGCCGACCCCUCUUCCUGGUCCUGAUCAGGGAGGACAACAUCAAGGGGAGCCGUUUCAAUCCCAUUCUGGACAUGCUGGCAUCGUUUAAGAAGGGGAACAUUGGAGGGGUCAAAGUUCAUGUGGAUAGACUUCAGACUCUGAUAUCAGGGGCUGUGACUGAGCAACUGGACUUCCUGCGUGUGAACGAAGCGGAGAUCCCCGAGUUUAAGAGUUUUGAGGAGCUGGAGCUGCCCAAGCACUCCAAGGUGAAGCGUCAGACAAGCACGCCCAACGCCUCGGACCUGGAGCAACAGCCGGACAUCAACAUGGAUGACUGGCGCCACAAAUCUACCCAAGAGAUCAUGCAGAAAUUCCAUAACUGCGACUGCCUGACCAGUCAAGCCCAGCUGGCCAGCGUUCUCCUCCAGAAAGAAGGUCCACAGUUUAUUGCUAAUGAUGAGAACCUGAUGGACGAGCUGGAGAGGAUCUAUCGGAGAGCCGGGAGCAGGAAGCUUUGGCUGGCGGUACGUUACGCUGCAGCCAUAACCGAGAAGUUUGCCGGCUCUAUAGCUCCUCAUAUCACAACCAUAUUGGUCAAUGCCAAGCAGGUCACGCUGGGGCUCUUUGGGCAAGAGGAGGAGGUGAUCUCCAACCCGCUGUCCCCUGGGGUCAUCAAGGGCAUCAUCUACAGUAAGUGCUGCCAGGAGCGUGAGGCAGUGCUGCAGCAGGAGCUGGUCAUCCACAUCGGCUGGAUCAUCUCCAACAACCCGGAGCUCUUCCACGGCAUGCUCAAGAUCCGCAUCGGGUGGAUUGUUCAGGCUAUGAAGCACGAGUUGAAGAUCCGUGCUGGAGACAUGGCAACUCAGGACAUCUACCAGAUGUCCCCCAGUGAGGUCAAACAGCUGCUUCUGGACGUGCUCCAGCCGCAGCACACCAGCCGGUCUUGGUUGCACAGGCGUCAAAUCGAUGGCGCUCUUAACCGCACCCCACUGGGAUUCUAUGACCGCGUGUGGCAGAUCCUCGAGAGGACUCGCAAUGGCAUCAUGGUGGCCGGAGUCCAGCUCCCUCAGCAACCCACGCUGUCGGACAUGACCAUGUAUGAGAUGAACUUCUCCUUGCUUGUGGAGGACAUGCUGAAGAACAUUGUGUUACCUGAAUACAGGCAAAUUAUUGUGGAGCUUCUGAUGGUUGUCUCCAUUGUGCUGGAGAGAAACCCUGAACUGGAGUUCCAGGAGACUGUGGAUCUGGACCGCCUUGUCAAAGAGGCUUUCGCCGACUUCCAAUGUGACCGCAGCAAGCAUGAAGGGGCAGAGAAGCAGGAUGACAUGGAGGUCUUCUACAACACACCGGCCUUAGGCACGAGAGGCACCUCCAGCUAUCUGACUAAGGCUGUUAUGAUCCAGCUGCUUCAGGGCGAGGUUAAACCCAGCAAGGAUGACCCUUGUUCCGUCAGCUGAACACGUAGACAUUUACACUAACCCCUGUAGGUGGUUAAUAGGCCUACCCUGUUAGCUUUAGUGUGAUUAAAAAAGGGGUUUAAGCAAUGCUGCUUUAGGCAGUCUUUAAGCUAUCAGAAACGUUGUGUAUGAUGCAUAACAUUCAGAGACGUGAUGGAAUAUGCAGGAUACAUCGAACUUCAACAAAUAAAUGGCAGCGUAUUAAUGUGAGGGUUGAUUGUUACUCAAUAGAUAGAUGUUACUCUCCAGUGAGUUCUUGUGUUUUUUUUCUCGUGUCUGAAUAGUGAAAAUCCUAUCACAGCAUAUUCACCUACUGGCAUGCCACCGCAUGCAGUAAGUAAAGCAUGGAGUAACUUCUGUGUUGUGUAACUGAUGUUCCUUUAGUUUUUAACCUGCCAUCUUAGUGUUAGCUUUUGCCACACUUUGCCUUCAUUUGACAACUUCACUGUGAGUAAUAUGUGUUAAUGCAAAUAUACUUUACAAGAAGAGAACUGCAGAUUGUGCUGAUAGCACAGUCUACUACUGUUUAGAUGAAUGUUGAUCUUUAGUUCUUAUUACCAUUGUUUGUGGGUGAUCCCUUUCUUAUAAUAAUUGCUUUGACAAGCAAUAUUUUCACAGCUUCGGAUUUCAGUCAUCGGAUUAUGUUUUGUUUGAAAGAAAAAAUAAACAGUCAGUGUAAUUUA